UUAGAAUUCCAGCCAGGGCCAAUAGCCAUCCUCUUUACAGGUAACUUGAGAUUGCUACUGUGGUUCCCGAUCUUCAGUCUGAGGUAUUGUACGGAAUGGCAAGUGACGUAAGCUGGAGCAAACCGUUCUUCCCUUUGGGACUGACUGACUACUGCCUGUCAACUUACCUCUGCGGCUCUAUGUGAUCGCCACUAGACUUCGACAAGUCAUGAGGGAUCUGUUCCCUCCAAGUCGGCACGCAUGGGUAUUAUAUCAGAGAACUUGACUUAUAGCCAUUUACUUAAAAGCUAUCGCAAGACAGAACCACACCAGUGUCACCCUCAAUGUUCAGCCUUCCUAAGAAUCGGAGUUUCUUGAAAUGAGCUGUCACAUAUGUUCCCGCCCUCCGACUUCAAACCUACGGUGCAUCUGUUCCACAUGUGCUCGCAAUCGGCUCUACCAGCUACGGAUCGAGUAUUCCGAACUGCUACUUGAGAAGGAGUCUAUAAAACAACAAAUCGAGGCUGCAGUGUUACUGAGCAAGCUAGGCGAAGACCCGACGGAAAAUGAGAGCAUCUCGGAUGUCUGCCUCGAUGGAGUGUUUCCGUCCUGGGUUUCACGGAGGAUCGUUGAAAAGGAAGCUGGGUCAUCCGCGAAAGUGACACUUCUUACAAACCACAUCGAGGGGCUAGUUGGUGAUAUCAGAGAAAAAAGACUUGAAAUCUCCCGCCGCAGGGUAUCUUUAGCACGGCGGCAAUCGGACGCAGAAUCUGCAAACUAUCAGCUUUUCGAGCGAGAGACAGCAAUCCUGGCCAGUAUUCAGAACAGUAUUAAAAGGACUGAUCAUCUCUGGCACUCGCUUCACAGCAAGACCACAGAAGCACGGAUAUUUCUGUGCCGAGAAGCAGCCAACCUCUACGAUUUGCGACAGGGGGUGAAAAGGGUUGACGGUGCAGUACGAGAGACCUAUACAAUCGGCGGUAUGCACUUGGUCGAUCUCAGGCAUAUGAAUGGCAUCUCACCAGCCCAUAUCUCAACGGCACUCUCAUAUAUCGCACAACUACUUGUCCUCGUCUCCCACUAUCUAUCUCUAAGACUUCCAGCAGAAAUUACGCUCCCUCACCGGAAUUAUCCUUUGCCAACUAUAUUUGCGCCCUCUGCAUCGUACCUUCUAAGGGAUGUAGGCUCGAAGUUGCCUUCUGCACAGCAGCCAGCGCCUGAUCCAAUGGAACCUCAGCGACUUGACUCACACCGUCUGUCUCGGCCAAGGCCUUUGUCCAUCGACAAAAGUCUUCCCAGAUUAGCGAAGGAGGAUCCUGGCACAUACGCCCUCUUUCUCGAAGGAGCGACAUUGCUGGCUUGGAAUGUUGCUUGGCUUUGCCGCACCCAGGGGCUCAAUUCAAUGUCAGAGUCUUGGGAAGAAAUCUGCGACAUGGGAAAAAAUCUAUGGCAAUUGCUUGUGGCACCUCCCGCGCAGCAAUCAACGCUAAUGAGAGCGUUUGCUGGUCGAGAUAUUCACGUAAAGGUGAAGACAUCCAAAGUCUCACCUAAGACUAGUAUUCAACGAACCGUGUCAUUCCCUAUGCUGGGACACUAUUCGCACGGCACUGCGCAUUCAUUUCUGGGUGCUGCCGAAGGUGCAGAGUUUAUGCGCACUUGGAGGCUUCCAUCUCCGACCAGAGUCAUAGAUAAGCUGAAGUCGACAUUGAUGGGAGAAUUGGCGAGUGCAGAAUGGGAGUUACUCGAAAGGCGCGAGUUGGAUGACAUGGCUCAUGGCCGAAGCAGUUCCGUGUCUCAAUCUUCUUCUAUCAUUCCCGUUAGUACCUACAAAAUGGGAUCUGUCGACGCAGAUGCAGUCUCGGAAACAUGUGAUCUGGAGGUUUCAAGUGGUGCUGGCAACACUUCCCGCUUGAAAGGCAUGAGUGGCUGGACCAAGCUGAGAAGCAGAUAUUCAACAACACCUUCAUACUGCGGGCAGAAUCACGGUGAGGUGCUCUUGACGGCACGCCCAAAGUCUGCCAUAAGUUUGUUGAUUGCGAGUAUUCCUGAUACUCUUCUACGGGCCGAAAUAGCACGGCGAACCUCAAAUGACAGUGCUGCAACCUGUGGCUCAAAAGAACGAGGUGCUUAUAACACUCCAAUUCAUGUCCUAGCACUUUUUCUUAUACUUGUGUUAAGCACACUUGCUUGUUCAUUCCCUGUACUUGCCCGCCGAUUCCCCCGUUUACCAAUACCGCGUCGAUUUCUUUUUAUAUCUAGGCAUUUUGGAACAGGAGUUUUGAUUGCCACUGCCUUUGUCCAUUUGCUGCCCACGGCAUUCAUUUCCUUGACUGACCCCUGUCUUCCUCGCUUUUGGAGUGAAACAUACCGUGCCAUGGCUGGAUUUGUCGCCAUGAUAUCGGUCUUUGUUGUUGUGCUUGUGGAAAUGUUCUUCGCCCUAAAAGGGGCAGGUCAUGUUCACGGGAGUGAAUACGACAAGCUAAUGAAUGAUGUCGGUAUAGACUUGGCAAGUAGGGGUCUGCAUGAUGACUUAGAGAACGAACACGAGCCCGGAGGUCAUGUUUAUCUUGGUAGGCUUGAGGCGUAUCAUAGCACAGACGCGGUACCACCAUCGUCAAUUUCUAAUAUCGGAACCUCAACCAACGAGCCUACUCUGUCUAGCACUCUACGGCUUACUGAGUUGAGUGAUGGUAUAGACUUUGCCCGGCCACACCAUCACGCUACUUCUCCUUUGGGUAGGAAGAGUGAUCAAAUGCAUCGGCGCUCAUCUUCUAGCGACCGACAAACUCGCGCUGAUCUGCACCAAAGGACGAACAUGGAAUCAUCUAGACAUAAUCCGCAGCGACAGCUACUGCAAUGUCUACUGCUGGAGGCGGGGAUUCUUUUUCAUAGCAUUUUUAUUGGGAUGGCCCUUAGUGUUGCCACCGGUACUUCAUUCAUUGUCCUCCUCGUCGCGAUCUGCUUUCAUCAGACGUUCGAGGGGUUUGCUCUGGGCUCAAGAAUUGCGUCGCUCAUUCCAGACCUCUUUGCCCCGUCUUCCAUGAAACCAUGGCUGAUGUCUCUCGCCUACGGAACUACCACCCCUAUCGGACAAGCCAUCGGCCUCAUACUGCAUAAUUUCUAUGACCCAGCAAGCACUACGGGGCUACUUAUGGUUGGGAUCACGAAUGCCAUCAGCAGUGGUCUUCUAUUGUUCGCAGGUCUUGUUGAACUUCUGGCAGAAGAUUUUUUAAGUGAAACCAGUUACGCAACACUUAGAGGAAGGAGACGCAUCGAGGCCUGUGUUGCAGUGCUGGCUGGAGCUUUAUUGAUGGCGGUCGUUGGCGCAUUCGCUUAA